CGACUGGACCGAAUGGUCAGGGGUCCCUUUACCUUUACAUCAGAUUUCAGAGAGCUUACAGUUUUGGACUACGACUCCCAUGAGCCCCAACCAACACGCGACGACUGGGGCUUGAUGGGAAUUGUAGUCCAAAAGAUCUGGAGGGCAUUAGGGUGAGGCUGGCUGCUCCAAGCGCAUGCGGCGGAGAGGAAUCCCUCCGCUCUCCCACUCCUUUGAUGUUGGGUAAAAGUGGAAUCCAAGGAAACCACAGCGCCCUAAUUAAGCCACGCAAGAAACAACUUCCACCAACAGCCUACAUGGAGCCUCUAACUCUUUUCUCCCAGCUCUACGAUUCUUCCUUUCCCCCGCCCCGCUCUACACUCUAUUUCCGCCCUCAACAAUCAUGUUGGGGAAAGCGUCACGCGAUCCAUUUCCGCCCAACUGCUCACGUGCUGGGCAAGGAUGACAACAACGUCCGACGUUUCCUCGCCCUGCCCAACCGGAAGCCAUUUCCGGUUUGCGUACCUCAACAAAGAUGGCGGACGAGGCUACUCGCCGGGUAGUGGCCGAGCUGCCUUUGCUGAAGACGAACGCGGGUCCGCGGGACAAGGAGCUGUGGAUUCAGCGGCUGAAGGAGGAAUACCAGGCGCUCAUUAAGGUACGUGGUCCUUCCCGGUGAGGAGAGGGAGCUAUGUGCAGGGAGGCUGACGUGGCUCCGCUGCACUACGGUGGCUUCAGAGGGUCAAGUAUAGUCAGGCGUUUUCGUCCUGCUGCCAUAGGAGAGACUUGCGGGGCCUGGGGCUGCAGGGCUGUUGCCACUUCCCCGGGAGUGAGCCCCAUUGAAAAUCAGUGGGACUUGCUUCUGAGGAGACCAGCCUCCACCCACUCUGACGCCUACCAGUUGUUUCGGACUACGGCUCCCACCGUGCGGGGCCUUUGGCUGUUUCCUGGGGCUGAUGGGAGUUGUAGUGCGAAACGUCCUGGACUGAUGGUCCCCGGCCAGACGGUUGUACAGUGGUACCUCAGGUUACAUACGCUUCAGGUCACAGACUUCGCUAACCCAGAAAUAGUACCUCGGGUUAAGAACUUUGCUUCAGGAUGAGAACAGAAAUCGUGCUACGGCAGCAGCAGGAGGCCCCAUUAGCUAAAGUGGUGCUUCAGGUUAAGUACAGUUUCAGGUUAAGAACAGACCUCCAGAACGAAUUAAAUACUUAACCCGAGGUACCACUGUACUGUGAUUCAGGAGGGUUUGUGCCCAGGAAAGCUACCAACCCAGGUGCCAUGUUCCGCACGCUGCUCUGUGCGGAUGGCACUCCUGAGUAAACACACCUAGGACUUGUGUCUGAGUUCACCUUUCUUUUUCUUUCUCACCCCCCACGCCCCAAUUGUUUUCUGGAAGCUUACUGAGAUGAGAUCUUGGGGCGGGGGGGGGGGACAACUAUAUUUUUAACUGUAACUACUUUUGUAACAUUUUAACAGUUUUACUUAAAAAAAAAAGUGGGUAGGUUUGCUGCCCUGGGCUCCUUUGGGAGGAAGGGUAGGAUUUAAAUUUAAUAAGUAAAUAAAUCCACCCUUCUAAAGAACCCUGGGAUCUGUUGCUUACCGCUCACAGAGCUAUGAUUCCCAGCUCCCUUAACAAGCUACAGUUCCCAGGAAUCUCUGUAUGUGUGCUGGGGGUGGUGGUGUUAUUUUAAAUAUACGGCUGCAGGAAUAAUCCGUAACCUGCCUCUGUCAGAUUUUCAAAAAAUGUUCAUUACAGACAUCAUGCUAUGGAGGUUACCUUGCUGACUGUUUUAUUUUAUGGAUUCUUUCUGUAGUAUGUGGAAAACAACAAGAACGCUGAUAACGAUUGGUUCAGGCUAGAGUCCAACAAGGAAGGCACAAGGUGAGUACAAGGGAGACCCCCAAAACUUUGUGGAGAAUACUGGGAACUGUAGUUUGUUUUGGGUGCUGGGAAUUAUAGCUCUGUGAGGUCUGCACUCUGAACAAACUACAGUUCCUGGUAUUCUUCAUGACUGUUAAAGUGGCACAAUACAGUGGUACCUCAGGUUACAUACGCUUUCAGGUUACAUACGCUUCAGGUUAAUAGACUCCGCUAACCCAGAAAUAGUGCUUCAGGUUAAGAACUUUGCUUCAGGAUGAGAACAGAAAUCGUGCUCCGGUGGCACGGCAGCAGCAGGAGGCCCCAUUAGCUAAAGUGGUGCUUCAGGUUAAGAACAGUUUCAGGUUAAGUACGGACCUCCGGAACAAAUUAAGUACUUAACCCGAGGUACCACUGUAGUGCUUUACAUGUAUUGUGAAUAUAUUCUACAGCACUUGGAGAAUGUUGGAGACUCCUGGCUUUUUUACCCUGGCUUUUGGCAAUUGGGAUGUAUAUUUUUAUUUCUGUAAGUUGUUUAAACUGUUUUUAACACUGUUUUACUUGCCGUAACCCACCCUGGGACCUUGAGGUGAAGGGUGGGGUGAUAGUAGCAAUAAUAGUAAUAUUGAUAUUCAUUAUUAUGUGGAUGUGACUUUAGUGCGACAGGAGAUGUAACUGUGUCAUAUCUCUUUUUCUUUCCUUGCCAGGUGGUUUGGGAAAUGCUGGUACAUUCACAACCUCCUGAAGUAUGAGUUUGCUGUUGAGUUUGAUGUGAGUCCUUGCCCUGUGCCCUCCUUUGGGCUUCCUGACCCUCCUGCCUUUCAUUCCUCACUUUCUGUGUGAGAGCUGCUGCUUUUACUUUUAUAUAUUUUAUUUCAACAAUUUGUAUAUUGUUUAAUCACAGUUGCCUGUAAGCAGUGAACAAGAAACCCAAUGCAAUGUGACUGAAAAUGAGUUAAAGCUAUACAAUCAGAGUUCAGUUAAAAAGCUGGCUGGAAUGAAAUAGUUUUCAGAAACCGUCGGAUGGUCAGCUACCUGUGGAUUUUGGUGAGGGCUAAUUAGGUCAACCUAUGCAGGAUUUCUAAGUAUUAAGAUCUGCUUAAACCCCAUUUGCAGAUUCCGGUAACAUAUCCAUCCACCGCGCCGGAAAUCGCCAUCCCAGAGCUGGAUGGAAAAACAGCAAAAAUGUACAGGUCAGAUGCUCUCCUCCUCUAUAUUUUAGCCAGUUUGUAUGGUGUGGUCUAGAUCACAAUUUCCCCUUGUAUCUGUCCUGUUAAUGCCCCAUCUUAAUACCUCUGUGUGUCUUCUUGCAGGGGCGGUAAAAUAUGUCUGACGGACCACUUCAAACCUUUGUGGGCCAGGAAUGUACCUAAAUUUGGGCUGGCUCAUCUCAUGGCCUUGGGGGUGAGUUGUAGGUGUGAGAGUGUGUGCGCACACAUGUGUUUGACUGGGCUGCUUGGGACAUCACUUAGUAAGCCCCAAAGGGCUGCUCUUGUCAAAUGAGUAAAUUGCAUUGGCAGCAAACCUUCCAAUUGAAAAACUGUGUCCUGCAAAUAAGUAUCAAAGCAUGAAAACAACACGGGAGUCUUCCAGUUUCUUAAAGUUUAAGAAUUGCAUUGGUUUUUGUGGACUAGAGCCCGUGUCAGUUGUAUCCAUGAUACAUCGGGGUGGGGAACUUAUUCUGGUCUGUAGGCUAGAUCUUUCAUUCCCCAUCAGCUGGCAGGCUAGGAUCAGAAAGUCAUCCAGAAGGGAAUGUGGUUCUCAGGCUGAAAAAUGGGUUCCUCACCUCUAUUGUAGAUAAUACUGAGCCUAGAUAGGCAACUUCAUAUGUUGGAUGUGAACUGGGAAGCCUUGUAAUUGUAAAUAUUGUUUAACAAUCCUAAAAAUGGAGGAGAGGGCUAUUCUCUGUCAAGCAUGUCACAUGGCCAAGGAAGGGGAAAGGCAGAGGCCCUGGUGGCCUCCUGACGGUCCUCUCUUUGUCUUGCAGCUGGGACCCUGGCUGGCUGUGGAGAUCCCAGACUUGAUAUCGAAAGGCCAGAUUGAGCACAAGGAAAAAUGAGGCAGGCUGGGCGGCCUGCGGGUGGAGGCUAGGCCUCGGCUGUUCUCCUAGGCCUCAACCAUCAACAGCUGCAGACUCAAACAUGUGCCAGUGACUUUGUUUUGUGCUUCUCUGUGUAACUUCUGAACCCCGGACUUCCAACUGAUCCACAGAACAUGACUCACUAAUUAAAAAGAAAAGCAAAGCAAUCCUUUCCUAAGAGUUGCUGUUUUGCUUGUCUCUUGAAAAGCCACC